AUGAAGCUUGUGCGGGUUCUGAGAAAAUGCAAAAACGAAAGAGUCAAGAUCGAGACAAAAGAAGGCAGGAGGAUCGAGGGCAAGAUAGUUUCUGUUGACAAAACGAUGAACGUUGAGAUGGUCGAUGUUGUGGUUGACGGAGCACCAGCGAGCACCUACACAGUAAGAGGGAGCUCUAUUCGAUAUGUCCUCUUCAGAGACGAUAUCGAUUUCAAGCCAUUGUUAGUUGACGACAGGCCAAGAAAUAGGGCCCGGGGACAGGAAACAGGUAAGGCCAAGCGAAGGAAGACAGGGGUGUAA